AUGUUAUAUACGUCAAGAGGAUUAGGUGCUCCCUCCCUUUCACACUCUCUCUCUCUCUCUCUCUCUCGCAUAUUCUCUUCCUCUCUUCUUUCCUCUCGUUCGCUCACUCCCUUUAUAUCACCUUUUCCUCUCUUACUUUCUCCCUUUCUUCUCCGAGCAGGGGUUUCUGUCACACUCUUUCUAUCUUUCUACCUUUCUCUUUCUAUCUCUGACUUGCCCUCUCUUUUUCGCUCUCUCACUCGUCCUCCCUUGCACCGUUUCUUUUUCUCUUUCCGUCUCACUCUUUCACACGCUAUCCCGCAUUUUACCAUCUUAAAAACGACUGUCAAAAUGAACAUUUUAAUCGUUGUUUCAAAAUUCUCAAUAUACGCUUUUUUUCACUCUUUCUUUCUUUCAAGUCGACUUUUCGAUUUGGAUUUCUCUUUCUUUCUUUCCUUCUUUUUUUUUUUAAUCAAACCCUCUUUUGGAUUUUUAUUCAUCUUUCUUUCAUUCAAGCUGUCUUUAGAAUUUGGAUUUAGCUUUCUUACUUUUUUUCAUUUAAACCAUCUUUUGGAUUCCCAUUUCUAUUUCUUUCUUUCUUUCUUUCUUUCUUUCAAACCGUCAUUUCGAUUUGAUUUUCUUUCUCUUUCUUUCUUUUUUUCAAUCAAACGGUCUUUUGAAUUUCCGUUUCGAUUUCUUUCUUUCUUUCAAACCGUCUUUUGGGUUUGGAUUUCUCUCUCUCUCUCUCUCUCUCUCUCUUUUAUCCUUUCUUUGUUUUCAGCCGCCUUUUUGAUUCUCAUUUCUUUCUUUCUUUUUUAUCUCAAUUUCCCGCCAUUUUUUCAGCAACCUGUUUCUAAAAUGCUUUAA